GCCGGGCGAGCGUGCAGUUGGCGCCGCGGCUCGGCACCCCCGCCUCGCCGCACCUCGGGUUUGCUGCUGCGCGGGGGUCUGCGCCGCCCCUGCCUUCCCUUCUGGGCCAUGGUGCAACCCGAGGGCGCGUCCGUCCCCCGCCGCUGCUGACCCGGGUCCCCCACUCCAUGGCCGCCUCGGCGCCGCCCCCACCGGACAAGCUGGAGGGAGGUGGCGGCCCCGCACCGCCCCCUGCGCCGCCCAGCACCGGGAGAAAACAGGGCAAGGCCGGUCUGCAAAUGAAGAGCCCAGAAAAGAAGCGAAGGAAGUCAAAUACUCAGGGCCCUGCGUACUCGCACCUGACGGAGUUUGCACCACCCCCAACUCCCAUGGUGGAUCACCUGGUUGCAUCUAACCCUUUUGAGGAUGACUUCGGAGCCCCUAAGGUGGGGGGCGCAGCCCCUCCAUUCCUUGGCAGUCCCGUCCCCUUUGGGGGCUUCCGUGUCCAGGGGGGCAUGGCAGGCCAGGUACCCCCAGGAUAUGGUACUGGGGGUGGAGGAGGUCCUCAGCCUCUUCGUCGACAGCCACCCCCUUUCCCUCCCAGCCCCAUGGGCCCUGCUUUCAACAUGCCCCCCCAGGGCCCUGGCUAUCCACCCCCAGGUAACAUGAAUUUUCCCAGCCAACCCUUCAACCAGCCUCUGGGUCAGAACUUUAGCCCGCCUGGUGGGCAGAUGAUGCCAGGCCCAGUGGGGGGAUUUGGCCCCAUGAUCUCACCCACCAUGGGACAACCUCCCAGAGGGGAGCUGGGCCCCCCUUCUCUCCCCCAACGCUUUGCCCAGCCAGGGGCCCCUUUUGGCCCUUCUCCUCUCCAGAGACCUGGUCAGGGGCUCCCCAGCUUGCCUCCCAACACAAGUCCCUUCCCUGGUCCGGACCCUGGCUUUCCUGGCCCUGGCGGUGAGGAUGGUGGAAAGCCUUUAAAUCCCCCUGCACCCACUGCUUUUCCCCAGGAGCCCCACUCGGGCUCCCCGGCUGCUGCUGUUAAUGGGAAUCAGCCCAGUUUUCCUUCAAACAGCAGUGGGCGGGGUGGGGGCACUCCAGAUGCCAACAGCCUGGCACCCCCUGGAAAGGCAGGUGGGGGCUCAGGACCCCAGCCUCCCCCAGGCCUGGUGUAUCCAUGUGGUGCCUGUCGGAGCGAGGUGAAUGACGACCAAGAUGCCAUUCUGUGUGAGGCCUCCUGCCAGAAGUGGUUCCACCGUGAGUGCACGGGCAUGACUGAGAGCGCCUAUGGGCUGCUGACCACCGAGGCCUCUGCUGUCUGGGCCUGCGAUCUCUGCCUCAAGACCAAGGAGAUUCAGUCUGUCUACAUCCGCGAGGGCAUGGGGCAGCUGGUGGCCGCUAACGAUGGGUGAUGCUGGCGAGGGGCCCAGGGAAGUGCACAUGUUCCUCCCUGCUCUUCCAGGGUGAUUGCCUUCUUGUCUGGCUCUUGGUCCUGGUUUCCAUCGGCUUCCCAUCCCCAUGGGGCAGAAAAAGGAACUGAGGUGGGCAGGCAGAAGAGCCUGUAUCUCUCACUCUUGUGGAAACUUACGCAUUGAGAUCUACACAGGUUCAGGAAACCAAAGCCCUGCCAAGCAGAGCCACUUUUGGUGGCUAUCUCUGGAAAGCCAGGGGUAUGGCUGCAAGAGGAAAGAGGCUGGAGAAGAUCCAAAGGGCAGGGGUGUCUCCUCUACAGAUGAUGGAUGCCCCCAACACCUGUGCCUAACAUGCCUCUCUAGCUCCCCAGCUCCAGCCUUAGUGUUUGGAGUCCAGUAUUAAAGGUUUCUGGCCAGGAGAGUUGGGGUCUCUUCCCAUCUCUGCGGUAGCCCUUUCAUGGGCUCUGGGAGAUAGCUUUAGGGAAUAAAUGGAGAUUUUCCCCUUUUCCUACCUUCCCCUUGUCUCCUUCACCUGUCCAACUCGUCCCCCUUCAGAAACCAAAUAGCUUGAAGAAGCAGGAUAGUACGUGGCUAUGGCAGUUCUUGGUGAUCUGGGGCUUGGAGACAGUAGGUAAGAUGCUGUCAGGACAUAUCUCCCUCAUACCAAAGUCACUGGUCCUUUCUCAGCCUCUCUUGUGCUUUUUCUCUAAUGACCAUAUUUUUGCCAAAAAUUGGGAUGUGUGGUCUGAGAGACCAGAAUAUUUGACAUUCAGACUGUCCUUGGAAGCCCAGAUUCUGUGGUUGUACACCCCUCCUCCCCACCUAAGCGCUGGUCUUUAACUUCUGGCCUCAAGUUCCCUGCCUUGCUGGAAGGAAAGCUUGAAAAGGCACAGAGCCCUUAUACCUCAUUUUUUCUCCUGAAUAAAGGAUCCCUGUCAGAGCCUGUGGGUGGGGAGUCUGCAGGAGCCUCAUUGCUGCGGUACUAGAAUGCAGUCCCGAGCCUGGAUGUUUUUGCUCCCCUCUCUUCCUGCUGUUCUAUCUUCUCUGGCCUGGUGAUCGGGCUGUUCUCAUCCUUCUCAGCCAAAAUCCGUGCCAGGGCGUUAUUUUUUAUGUUUUAAGCACUGCCUGCCAGAGAUGGGCCUGGGGCCCCAUAAGGAGCCCCUCACAGCUGCACGCUCUUCCCUGCAGCUCCUGCACACGUUCCUCAAGUUGGGGGGUGGGGGGGGAAGGCAGGCUAGGGGUGUGGCCCUGCCCCCACUUCUCCUGGGACCUUAUACAUGUGAAGAGAAGACAGGUAUACUGCAGAACUCUUGUCUUUCCCGGGUGGAGCAUGCAGCCUUCCAGGCUGUGUGAAAGAGGGGAGUGGCCUCUGGGCUUCUCUUUUCCAGUGUUUCUGCCAUCCAGCAGCAGAGAUGGCAACCCCCUCACUGCUCAACUUUGUGUUGUGUUUGUGGUUCUGUUUGCCCCUCUUUUUAUCUGUUGAUGUUUUUGUGGUCUCCCCCCCUCACACACCCUGCAUUUUGUAAGAUGGCUCCUGGCCAGGGAUUGGGGGUGGGGGUGUCUGGUCAAUCCCUCCCUCUCAUGCCACUGCCUUUUGGAAGAAAGUGGGGGCGGCAGAGAUGUGGUGGGGAAAGUUUUGUACGGUUGGAUUAAUAAAAUGACUUGGAAGAUCCACA